AUGUCGCAUUCCUGGUUGCAACGCCAGCGCAAGCAAGCACUCAUCGAUCUCGCAGCCGAGGCGGGUCUGAAGCAGUACGCCCCCCUCUCCACGCCGUCCGCCAGAUGUCAUACUAACGGACCACGAUGAAGGGACGAAGACCUGCGCAAAGAUGAGAUUGUCGAGAAUCUGAACGCGCACCUGCAGCAGAAUGCGACGGCCCUCUCGCGCGUGCGCGCAUUCGAAGACUACUACGGCAAACGACGCGCCACGCCUGGGCGCCCUCCGCGCGAGAGCACCGCCGCCUUCCUGCCCCGCGCCGACGAGGUCGAGGUCGAGGCCGAGGUCAAGAGCGUCGUGAAGAGGGGCGGAAAGCGAGCGACCAAAGUCAAGCCGGAGCCAGAGUACGCGCCCAGCCCAAUGACACCAGACACACACACACACACACACACACACAGUGGAAGCACACGUUGAGCGCGUCUAACGCAUCGUCUGACUCUCUAGGGAUGAGGGCCCAGUGUCGUCGCCCAUUCGCGCUGCUGCUGCCGCCGCUUCCACGGCCAAGAACGCCAUCGCUACCGUCUCCUCCGCCCUCUCGCCGACCGCUCUCUCACCCUCUGCCCAACUGACCUCCACCUCCUACACUCCAGCUCCUCGCAUGCGCAGACGAUCCGAACUUCCGGGCCCGCCGUCUCCAGCCGACGUGGCCGACAUCGUCGAACACGAAUCCUCCAAGGUCGUUGCCGGCAUUCGCCAUCUCUACGCCCGCUCCGGCAUCACAGAAAACAUCGAAUACCUGCGCGAGGUCUGCUCUUCCGUUGUCGCGGUCCAGUUUACCUUCCUGCUCAUCGAAGCAUUCGCUCUGCAGAGGCGCCUCAUGCCUUGGCGCUUCGCCUUCAGCAUCCCCUCGACUGGCUUCACGCCGACCAUCUCCGUUCAAUAUCCGGAUCUCUUCAUCCUCCUCACCGGCUUUUACUGGAGCACCGCCUUUCUCUGGUCGGCGACCUCGGUGUUUAUUCCCCUGGUCUUUGCCUACUUCUACAACCUGACCAUCCGCGACGUGAAACGCGGUAACCUGCGCGUGUCGGUUGCUAGAUACGCCGCGGAUCCACUGACCUUCAACGUCGUCAAGGCUCUCGCUACCUGGCUCGUGUACUCCCGAGGUGUCAGCUUUGGAUUCAUAGACGCCGAAGUCUCCGAGAGAGUCGACCUAGCCAUGUUCGGGGGAUCGACCCUCGUGCUCAUCGGGAGCGGAAUUGGUGCACUUGCUGCGCUCUAUGAAGCCGCGCAAAAGAAGGGCUUGUGA